GCUGGCAGUGCGGCGGACGGGCGCGGGCGGCCCGGGGGGCCAGCUAUUAAUACCGCGGCCGCCCAGCCCGGGUCGCGCAGCCAUGGCCAGCCCAGAGCCCCGGCGCGGCAGGGACGGCGCCGCCCAGGCCGCGAGGAACACAGAGGCCACUUCUCUUCAAGAGGAGAACUCUGAAUCCCCAUAUGAGGUGGGGACCUGGAACCCAGAAGUUACUCUGUCUUUGGAAGGGACCUUGAACUUAGAGGAUAUUCUCUACCUGGGGGACACAGGUAACUUUGAUGUGGCUAUGUAUGUGGAAGAGACCGAGAAGCCUGAGGAGACACUGCAUAUUGAGGAGACCAGGACGCCUGAUGAGGCCCUGUAUGUGGAGGAGCCAGGAAAGCCAGAGGAAAUGCUAUAUGUGGAAGAGCCCGUGAAGCCGGCGAAGACUGCAAGCCCAGAGCAGAUGGUUUAUGGGGGAGAGACAGUCCCGAGCGAGGAGAAACCUAACCCUGAGGAGAGCCUCAGAGCUGGGCCGAGUCCCAGCACAGAGGAGAGCCUGAGCACAGAGGACCUGGAAUUGCUGGAGGAGCGUUUCCAGCAGUGUGUCCAAGCCGUGGCCCAGCUGGAAGAGGAGAGGGAUCAGCUCAUCCAUGAGCUUGCGUUGCUCCGGGAACCAGCCCUGCAGGAGGUGCAACGGGUCCACCACGACAUCCUGGCUGCCUACAAACUGCACGCCCAGGCAGAGCUGGAGAGGGAUGGGCUGAGGGAGGAGAUCCGGCUGGUCAAGCAGAAGCUGUUCAAGGUGACGAAGGAAUGUGUGUCCUACCAAUAUCAGCUGGAGUGCCGCCGGCAGGACGUGGCCCAGUUUGCCGAGUUCCGGGAAGUGCUGACCGCCCGGGCAGCCCAGCUCUCGGAGGAAUUAGCCCAGCUUCGGGACGUCUAUCAGAAGCAAAAGGAGCAGUUACAGCAACAACUAGAAGCACCUCCAAGCCAGAGGGACGGGCGCUUUCUCCAGGAGAGCCGGCAGCUCUCUGCCCAGUUCGAGAACCUCAUGGCAGAGAGCCGCCAGGGCCUGGAGCGGGAGUAUGAGCCUCAGCUGCUGCGGCUCCUAGAGAGGAAAGAAGCUGCGGCCAAAGCUCUGCAGAAAACCCAGGCCGAGAUCCGGGAGAUGAAGGAGGCUCUGCGACCCCUGCAAGCAGAGGCCCUUCAGCUCCACCUGCAAAACAGGAGUCUGGAGGACCAGACCACCCUUGUGAGGCAAAAACGAGACGAGGAGAUGCAGCAGUACAGGGAACAGCUGGAGGAAAUGGAGGAACGACAGAGGCAGCUAAGAAGCGGGGUGCAACUCCAGCAACAGAGGAACAAAGAGAUGGAGCAGCUAAGGAUCAGCCUUGCUGAAGAGCUCUCAACGUACAAGUCAGUUUUGCUACCCAAGAGCCUGGAACAGGCUAAUGCUCCCACCUCUGAGGCAGGUGGAAUCCAGACACAGCCUCAAGGUGAUGAUCCUUGUAGGUUACAAGAGCGGUGUCUGCAUUGUUGCUUUCCUAACCUAACAAGACUAGUGCCUUAAAAAAAGAUUGUGUGUAAUGACAAGUAAGUCAUUUAGGGAUAACACAUACUUCCAGGUUGCCUGGUUCAAGCAUUCAGGCUUCAUUUGGAAUGUUUCAAUUUCUAGUAGGACUUAAAAUAUGUCCUGAUUAUCAUCAGGAAAUCCAGAACAGGAUAAAACAUCUAGGCUCUGUGCAUUCUUACUUUCCUCACCCUACCUGACCCCAUCUGCUAUUCAUAAAGUUUCCUUAGAAUAGCAGAGAAGGCAGUUAGGGUACCUAAUUCAGACUAUGACUAAGGAGGCCAAGAAGGCUAAAUUAAUCUGUUAACAGUCAUUUACAAAGCUGAAGAGGGUGUUGUUUGUAGACUGAAGGACAUGAUUAUUGCUUAAUUUGUGAAACAAGCAACACACCCUAUCCAUUAAGUUCUUUACAUACAAAUAUGUCCUCACAUUCUUUAUAAAGUGCUGGAUUCUCUUCAAGAAACUAAGGAUUAAAAAAGAUCAAGUUGGAUACUAGAUAAAUAUCCAUAAAUUUUAAUUAAUUUCCUAGUUAAUCCUACAUUUUGGAUACAAAUUCACCAAUAACUACUAUUACUGACGCUUUUCCUAAAUUACUAGGAUUUUUUUUUCCUUUGGCCACCCUGCGUGGCUUGCAGGAGUUCCCCAAUCAGGGAUUGAACCCCGGGCCACAGCAGAGAAAACACUGAAUCCUAACCACUAGACCACCAGGGAACUCCCAUACUAGGAUUUUCUUUUACCAUGUUUCAUCCAGGAAUAACUGACUGCACUCAUUGUUUGGGAGAUUACUAGAACCUUGUAACUGAAGACAGUGAUCUGCUAAAUACCUUUGUGUGGAUCAGGUGAAAAGUACAACAUGGAAGAGACAACGAUUAAUCCAAAGAAUCGAAAUAACAGAAUUUUAGGCCUUGUAAUACCUGUGUGUAAAGUUAACGUGGGCAGAAAAAACUUUUAGCUAGCCCCUCCCAAAGUCAUCCUUGAUUAGAUGCAAAACACACUCUAGCAAUCUCUCCUCAAUAUGGCCUGCACUAAGCUUCAUAAGUUUAAAACUUUAUACUGGGAAUUCCCUGGUGAUCCAGUGGUUGGGACUCAGCACUUUCACUGCUGUGGGCAUGGGUUCAAUCCCUGGUCAGGGAACUAAGAUCCCACAAGCCAUGCAGCGCACCC